GGAGGAAGCGGCUGGAAGCUGGCACCAGGACCGGGUCCAGCGCUGCGGCUGUGGCCGUGUCGCUGCUCCUGCUGCGGGGAGAGUUCGUGGCGAUGCCCCCGGCCCCUCGCCGCUUGCUGCAGACGAGCUGAUCGGAACCUCAGCGGGAGCCACCAGUCUGUCUCGUGAGUAUCUGCUCACAUAACCUGAGGGAACAACCAUGGAGAAUGUAGCAAAAGAUGAUUACAAGAUCCAGUCAUUUGACGCGGAUACACAACAGCUGCUGAAAACUGCGCUGAAGGAACCUGGCUCAGUCGACCUGGAGAAAGUGGCCUCAGUGAUAGUCGAACAGUCUAUGAAGGACCUGGUGUUCAGUAAAGAGGCUGGCAGGAUCUGCUACACCAUAGUGCAGGCUGAGAACAAGCAGAGUGGGAACAGCAACUUCCGACGUAAUAUUCUGAUCCGACUGCAGCAGGAAUUCCUGGUGAAGGAGCAACUCCGAGAGCAUUCCGUGAAUGAAUGGGUCUGUCUGGUUACUUUCAUCUGCAACAUUUUCGACUACCUGAAGGUGAAUAACAUGCCCAUGAUGGCCCUGGUUAACCCUGUGUAUGACUGUCUGAUGCGUCUCGCUCAGUCUGACUCACUGCAGAAUGAAGACGAGGUGGACUGCCUUGUGCUGCAGCUACAUCGUAUUGGGGAACAGCUCCAGCGGAUGAAUACCCAGCGGAUGGACGAUCUCUUCUGCCAGCUUCGAGAUGGUUUCCUGCUGCAGCGUCAGCCUUCCUCACUGUCCCGCCUGCUGCUGCUGGAGAUUAUCGAGUUCCGUGCUGGUGGCUGGAAGAUGUCGGAGAAUGCUCAGAGAUAUUACUACAGCGAGGUGGCAGACUGAGAGAGCAAGAGAGAGAGGCUGUAGAUAGGGGAGGACCGGGAGUAAGAUGGAGCCAAGCUUUUUGUGCUAAUUGAAAUCUAGCGAUGAUUUUUAAAGGUGAUUGAUGUGUGUGAGAUUGACCAGCUGAGGGCACAGAUGAUUCACAUUCCCAAUUGCUCAGCCAGGAACACUUUUUGAUAGGACUGACUUCUGAGAAUGUGGGAGCUGGUCAUUGGGCAGGACGUGGAGUAGGUGGUUUGAUGCCAGUCCGCCCCAUCUAUGCUGAUGCCCAAAGAUAAAUUUUUAUAAAUUUUAAUACAGCUGUCUCUUGAGACUCAUGGUCUCCCUCCUUUGGCAGUGACUGUGGGCACAAGGGUUCUGCGGUGAUGUAGUGCCAACAUCAGCAGUGCCUGCUGCAGUACUUCACUUACACCAUGAGGUAUAGUUGCUGGGGAACCUGUGAAAUCCCAGCAGUAAAUGAGAGAUCCCAGUUCCUGAGAGGAUUGGUUGUUGAGGGGGGGCAAGUGGGUGCAGUCACAUUGUUCAUAUUUGUAAUAAUGAGAUAUUGGAGCAACACAAUGAAAGUUCUUCAUUCUUGUCCUUCCACUGACUUUGUAAAUCUUUCUCCAGCUCACCCCCACCUCCCCGCCCUCACCAUUGUGCCCUCAAUCCUUGGUCUGAAUGCGAGAAGCUAACUGUAGCUUUCUGCCCAGGAAUGGUAUCUGAGUGGCAUGUGAAUGUUGCAGUGUAGACGAAGGGUGUGAUUGGUUGCGUACUACCUAGAAUGACUUGCCAACUUGGCUGCUGAUACUGAAGUUGCUUCAUUUGUCACAAUUGAUUGGUUUUGAGGAGUUUAGUCACAAUAAAGGGGCCUGUUUGAUUUUGA